AGCUAGCAGCUUUUCUGAUACCUUUCACCAAUGAAGGCGUCUAUGUCUAUCAUCUUGUCGCUUCUGAGUUUGGCUUUGAUGCUUGUUUUGGCACAGUCACGUCCAUCAUCCGACUCACUAAUUGGUGACCAGUCAGAAGAAGUGGAUACACAACGCAGCGUUCGUCAGAAAAGGCAGUUCUACGCGUAUGGAGUGCCUGCACUUGCAGCCUAUCAUCAGGUCACCUAUCCUAGCUAUCUCCGUGUCUAUCAUCCUGGCUACGUGCCUCUAUAGAAAGCGGACCGUUGCCUGCAUGUGAACACAAUUGAUAGGUUUUGAUUUUGUAGUAUGAUGUUUCUCCAGUUUGUAUCUGUCUGAAUAUCUUUCGGCAUAAACU